UACAGGAUCCAACUAUUAUAUACAUUCUUUAUUAGUGAUGAAGUUAGAUUUGGAGCCAUGAAGCGAACAUGGUUAGUAACUUAUUCUUUGGUAUCACUGUUUUUCUGUUGGCAAAUUCCUGUUCAGAUUGUAUGUCUGACGCGAGACGAGACGUUGUUGGAGGCUAUUGGAUUCUUUUCAUUCUUUGGCGCCCUGUUGGUUUGGAUCCUGUUCAAUGGCAUCAAGUUUGUACAGGGAAUGAAGACGUCGCAAAAGAAGAACAAGAUGAAGCACUUUGACAGGAUCAUCUUCAAGACCAAAGUGUUGCUCUGGACCGCCGCCAUCUCUGUAACGAUAAUUGUCGCACAUGACAUUAUAUUCAACUAUGUGCUGGAGAAGGAGUAUCGCUUCUUCCCACUCGAGACCUUUAUGACAAUGUUUGUGGAUGUUGGCCAAAUGAUCGUGGUCAUGGUGAUUAUGGCCGAUCGUAGCAGUCUGCUCAACUAUAUCCUAUUCAGAAGGACGCGCAAUGCCAUCUCCACGGGUAACUCCACCGAGGAGAACUCCAAUGGAAUGUCAGUGGACCUGUCAAAGAAGUACGAUCACUCGUCCAACAUGGAAAGCUCCAGUAGCAUGACGGUUGAUCUCGAGACGACGACUUCAUACUCUGCCCAGAACAGUCGGACGGACUCUAUGAACAGUGGUGUCAAUGUUGGUGCAUCAGUAGAGCCAAUAAUAUAUCUCGGAUCAAACAAUUCAACUGCUGACAAU